UGUUUGUCCGUGCGCCACGGUUCGAUGCCGUCCGCCUGCUCCGGUUCCGAUGCUCCAGUGCCACUGCUCCGGUGCCACUGCUCCAGUGCCGCUGUGGCCAGUCCUAGCACGACCAAACUCGACCCGCUCCGCUUCAUGCACGCUCUUCUCGUUGCUGUCCAUCCCAGUCGGUUCCUCGCUUUCUCCCUCAGUUGCACUUAGGGUUCUUGGUCUGGAAAUUCUCGCGCCGACGGGCCCGCGCAUCUGCACCUUUGUACCUGACGCACCAGUGCCGACCCAACUCCACCACUACGCACGCCUCGCGGCGGGUGCGCCGCAGCAAGAAGGUAUCGGUCCCUUGAGGUAUUCUCAACGGUUGGGAGAUGUGCCAGAACUCGAGGAGGUGGCACGGGCAACGAAAGGCCUCAAGAACUGGAAGGCACCGGGCCAUGACUCCCUCCCUGCCGAGUUGCUCAAGAUCGAUGACGACGAACCCUUCGUCCUGGGACACCUCCAUACCAUCCUCGUCAAGGUGUGGAACGGAGAAGAUAUUCCGCGAGAGUGGAAGGAUGCAACCAACAAGGUGCUGUACAAGGAGGGUGACCGGUCCAACUGUAACAACUACAGGGGGAUUUCGCUACUAUCUCACGUAGGCAAGGUCCCCAUCAAGAUCAUCACCAACCGUCUAAGCGCCUUCUGCGAAGCCAACAACAUCCUCCCGGAGGAACAGUGCGGAUUUCGACCAGGGCGAUCCACCGUCGACAUGCUGCUCGUCCUGCGCCGCCUCCAGGAGCUGGGGCGGAGAAAGAAAAUACCGCUCCUCAUGUGCUUCGUCGACUUGAACAAGGCGUAUGAUUCGGUGGACCGAGAGAUGCUAUGGAAGGUGCUGGCCAGGGCCGGGAUUCCCGCGAAGCUGAUCGAAGUCAUCCGCCAAUUCCACGAUGGAAUGCGGGCCCGGGUGCGCAUGGACGACGGAGAACUAUCGGACUGGUUCUUCGUGACACAGGGCGUGCGACAAGGAUGUGUGCUAUCCCCACUGCUGUUCAACAUCUUCUUCGCCGAGGUCCUCGAGGUCGUUGUCAUCCGAUUCAGCGAGGAUGAUGUUGUUCUGCGGAGCCUGGUGUGCUUGGAGGAGGGGAAGACGGAAGCGGGGGGGGGGGAGGAGACACCCCUUGACCGAGUACGGAGGGCAGUAUGGGGGAUGCUGUAUGCCGAUGAUGCCGGCGUCGUAUCGAGGUCUGCACAAGGACUGGCGAGAAUGAUGACCAUCAUCGUUGAGGUGUUCGAAGAGUUCGGGCUAAUGGUGUCGGUGAAGAAGACGGAGACGCUGCUGAUGCGCGCAAAGGACAAGCCGACUUCAACAUCACAGCCCGGCCCGCCUCCACCACUGACCAUCGAAGCCGCGGGACAGAAAUACGCCCAGACGACCGAGAUCCGGUACCUCGGUGGCCCCGUCAACGAACAUGGCGACCUCACCCAGGAGAUCAACUACAGGAGCAGAGGAGCGUGGGCGUGCCUCAGGCAAUAUGGCCGGGAACUCUUCAACAAACCACAAGCGCCAUUCCGACUCAAAAUCCGCCUGCUCCAGGUGGAGGCGAUGGAGGCACUGUUGUACGGUUNA